UUUAUCUUCUGUCUUGACUGCAGAUCGCUCAGCAAACUCAAUGAUUUUCUACUCUGUAAUAUUUUUUCACUAGAUAGAUGGUUACGCUAUCCAUAAACAGUGUUGAUAGGGCUAAAAGUAAUUUAGUUUCUCGAGACAUGAGUUCUUAUUUACCUUUAAGGCACGGGGGAGCUGCGAGACCGGAUCAUGAUAUACAAGCGGCUGAAAACACUGGAUAUAUGGAUCAUUUCCUGAAUAUACCCGAUAUAUGUCCGACAGGGGCGGACUACCGGUCAUCGAGGUAUUAUAUGAGCUCCUACCAGGCCGAACAAUGCCGCAUGGAGGCGCUGCAGCAGCGGAACCACGACCUGAGGAUGGGGUUGCAACCCCGACCCCCUUUCUACCCGAACAUGAGUGUCGCGUCGAACCUCACAAACCUCCGGUUCAGAGAUACUAUGGACAAUUUACAAAUGAACAAUAACAAAAACGAGCCUAUGAGUCCUGGAUGCGCCCCCGGACUUCCGGCGGGUGACGUCGAUGGUCCGCCGCCUUCUUUCUAUCCGUGGAUGUCUAUAGUAGGACCAAACUCUAAUCAAAGGCGAAGAGGACGCCAGACCUACACGCGGUUCCAGACGCUGGAGUUAGAAAAGGAGUUUAAGUUUAAUAGGUACCUUACUCGCCGACGCCGUAUAGAACUGUCCCAUAUGUUAUGUUUGACUGAGCGCCAGAUAAAAAUUUGGUUUCAAAACCGGAGAAUGAAGGAGAAGAAAGAACUGCAGGCGAUUAAGGAACUCAAUGACAAUAACCCGGGUAAUAAGACGCCCGAUUUAAAGGCAAAAACGAACAGUAACACGUCAUCCACCACGUCAUCAACAGAAACUCCUGUGGCCAGUUGAAACCGGAUUUUAAACAAAAAAGUGACCAUUUUCAAAAGUGACUGUUGAAACCCUUUGAUCACAGCUUAAAAGAUACUGGAAAGAAUUUCAAUACCAUUGUUCUAUUAUAAAUAUUGCUUUUUCAAAAUAUAUGGCAAUUUUUAAGGAUUGUUUAUUUACUCAAGUCGACAAGUUAUAAAAAGAAGAAACACUAAAUUCCCUUAAGGCUUCCGUCAGGCACCGUCGCCAAAGCGUUAACGAUCGUAACGUAACGUUUGUAGGACGUGUAGCGCAUGAUAUUGAAGCUUGCCCGGUGCUGUCGAUACGAUACUGACGUCAUGACAAUGUGAAGGCAUCAUUGUAAAGAAUCAUUUGAGCUUUUCAUUUGCCAUUGUUGUUAAUGUACUCUUUUAAAAACGAGAACUUAUAAACUGCAUAAUUUUGUUCAAGCGAGAUACCUCUUAGACCCUUAUACGAGACGCAAGUGGCACAUUGACUAGUGGUACAUAGACUCUAAUGACCCAAAAAACAUGUGAAAAUGUACGUUAUUUUAACGAGAAGAUGAAGAAUUAAUGACCAUAUUUAAAAUCUCAAAUUUUUAAAAUCAUAGAAAUGUUAGACAUAUUGCGUUUUUUUAUAAAUAUUGUUUUAAUAACAGUCAAUGACACUGACACAUGGGUAUCCGGAUAAUUUAUUAAAUGUAUUUUCCCAUACAAGUCAAUGCUGAUGAAAAGUGGUAAAAUUUGUAAACAUACAGUUAAACUCGUGAUGACAAUGCUUAACUAUUAUGAAUCCAUAUUAAAUAAUGAUGAAAAUUAAUUGUUUAGGUGAUAAUGGAACGGAUUUUAACCGGUGCUUAUUGUAUGGGGAUAUUAGGAGAAUGGGUGGAACAUAACUUCUAUGAACAAAGACACUGCGAUUAUGUCUACAGUUUUAUAAGUUAUACAAACCGUGUAUGUCAUAGAUGAAACUGAGUUUUCUCGCUAGCAGUAUUCCGCAUCAUAGAUGGACAAUGCAGUAGGAUACUGGAAUAUUUAUUUCAUAAACACAUACCGCGAGUUUCCUAAAUGAAUACAUAGUUUCGACGCACAGAAGAUUAGCGACAUCCGUUACCUCAUCGACAGAUAGAUUGUUAAGACUAGAACUGAAAUCUUGUAUUUGUGGGUCGGCAACUUUCAACAACACCGCUACAAUCGCCAUAUAUAUGUUUAUGUAGAGCAAAUAUUGCUAGAAUAUAGUUAAUAUUAAAUAUACAAGAUGUUAGCGGUUUUAUUAGAAGGACCUUUUAUUUAAAAGUUAAUUCCAUUAAUCAUUGAUAAGAUGCUUAAAUAUUGGUUCCUCUGUGUGUAUUGAUAAAUUUCUUGUUCGAUGACUUUUGCGACUGGUCUUAUUUUGUUUUAAAAUAUGUAUUAAGGAUUUUUACAAAACAGAAUAUAUUUUAAAGCACAUGUUUAUCAAUACACUAUGUUUAUUUCUAGCACAUUUCAGUAUGUUCAAUAUUUCUUAUGUGAAGAUAAUAUCAAAUGCAAAAUGAUAGCAUUUGAACCAUUCUAAGAAACGUUUUAGAGGCUUAUAUUUCUUCGUAAAAUGUGAAUUUCUGAUGACUACACACAGAUAAUCUGCAAAUAAUACAUAAUUGAUUGUUAAGCCUAUACUGAACUGACAUUGUUUAUUUAUUAUCAUUUCUUUAAACUUAAUUGCAAUAUUAUUUUUAUGUUUUUUUAUUAGUUUUUCGCCCUUCACUGAAAUACCAUAGAUAAACAAGUAACACGUAGUAACAUGAACCAUAAUAUUACUUUAACAUAUGUUGAUGAUGUUAACCGGUAAUAUAUCGUUGUUUAUAAGCGCGGAUAAACUCUUUUUAUUCUUUGUACAUAAUAUAUGAUGCAAGUCAUUUCAAUCCUUGAUCUUAGUUUUUAUUUUGAAUAUUUACUAUUGCAGGAGAUCGCAAGUUGUUUUAUGGUGCAAAGCGCAUAUUUGUGUUCUUUUCGUAUAGGAGUAAUAGUUUCUAACGUGUUCAUUGUUGUAAUAUGUUGAAUCUUUACAUUUUGUUAAAUUUCAGACAGUGUUCACAAAAACAUUAAAACAUGUUUGUGUUUGUAUCCGCGAAAACUCUCGUUUUCACUUAUAUAUAUAUAUAUAU